AUGUCGUCGGACGCAAAGUCAAACCAGUUUUCGAUCGCAGACCCUCCUAGCGAUGCCAUCUCCUCGAUCCAGUUCUCGCCACACGCGGGGUCACACAAGCUCGUGGUGUCUUCCUGGGACAAGCAUGCGUACAUCUACGAGCUCUCUCAAGGCAAGUCCUGCACUCAAGUCGCAAAAUUUGAACAUGCAGCGCCCGUGCUCGAUGCGUGCUUUGGCGAGGAUGACAACGUGAUCUAUACAGCUGGCCUGGACAUGUCGGUGAUUCGGAUUGACGUAUCCAACGGCGAAACACAAGUCAUGAGCACCCAUACGAGCGGCGUCAAGUCUGUAGUGUACAGUAAACAGCACAACAUCCUGGUCUCGGCUGCGUGGGACUCGACGCUGCACAUACAUCAUGGAGGUGUCCCGGGCGAAAGCGACCAGAGACCUGCGAAGAUUGAGCUUCCGUCGAAGCCGCAUGCUCUAGAUCUGUCGACAACCAAGCUUGUCGUGGUCAUGGCCUCUCGUGCUCUCUACAUCUACGAGCUCAGCUCACUGUCACAAGCGCUGAAGUCCUCGGCAGGUCAGAGUCCUGCCGUGCUCAAGACAGAGCCGUGGCAGCACAGGGAAAGCAGUCUCAAGUUUAUGACUCGUGCGGUCUCCUGCAUGCCGAAUGACGAAGGCUACGCUACGUCAAGCAUCGAAGGACGGGUCGCUGUGGAGUGGUUUGACCCUUCGAAUGAUUCACAAGCCCGGAAGUAUGCAUUCAAAUGCCAUCGACAGCCAGUCGAUGAUGUUGAUGUGGUCUAUCCGGUCAACUCUAUUGCAUUUCACCCAAUUCAUGGCACGUUUGCAACUGGAGGUGGUGAUGGAGUCGUUGCCAUCUGGGAUGCUGUCGCAAAACGAAGAAUCCGCAUAUAUCCUAAACUGGCCUCCAGCAUAGCCGGCUUGUCCUUCAGCUCAGAUGGGAAGUAUUUGGCAACAGCUAUCAGUCCUGGCUUCGAAGAUGGCAAGGAUGAGCUGGCUGAAGGUACAGUGGGCGUCUAUCUACGAGAACUCGGAGAAAACGAGGUCAAGCGGAAAGCCAAAUGA